UGGACCUGAGCGUGCGGCCCACCGUCAAGGCCGAGCCGCCGGCCGACGGCCGUCCGCCGGCCGAGGACAAGGAGGAGAACGCCCUCAGCGACGACGGCAGCGACGAGGGCGGCGCGAGGAGACGGACCGUGCGGACCGUCGGCGCCGCCGGCCGGGCCGCCCAGCUCCGAGGCUGCCCUUCUGAACGCCGGCUACAUGAACUGGCAGCUGGGCGGCGACGGAGUGGAGGUGCCGUACGUGCCAGCCACAGAAGCCGGCGGACCGCAAGAUGCGUUCCUGCACCGUGCGCUCAACGUGCGCUUCCAGCAGCUGCUGCAGCAGCAGCGCUACGACCAGCUGCUGGCGCACGCGCCGCCCCCGCCCCCCGGCCCGCUAGGCCUGCCCCUGCUGCUGCGGCGCGAGUCGCCCACCUCGCCGUGCAAGCAGUACGCGUGCGAGAAGUGCGGCCGCCAGUACGCCUCGAGCGGUAACCUGAAGCGGCACGUGAAGUACGAGUGCGGCGUCGAGCCGCAGUUCCAGUGCCCCGUCUGCAAGAAGAAGUUCCAGCACCGGCACUCGGUCAAGAUCCACGUGGUGUCCACGCACAAGUCGGAGAACCCCGAGCUGAUCAAGGACUAUCUGAUGUAACGUGCGCGCGCGCGCGCGCGCGCGGCCGCCGCCGAGGUUGACACGGGUCGGAAGCUGGGCCUGCACGGGUGUGGGGUGGAGCGCGGGACUGCUGUGAUAGGCACCCGCCGACUCCGCCAGCUCCCCCUGGCGGGGACGGACGUCAGCUCAGGGCGCCAUGUGGUUCCUGGCCCCAGCGGGGGCGCUCUUCAGCUCAGGGAAUAUGCAAGUACAUAGGCGGUAACAGGUAGUGCGGCGCCCGGAGCGCCGGCCGCCGCGCGUCGUCUCCCCGGUGAGAUGCGGGCCUGUGUGUCUCCUCCGUCAGGCGGUUGUGGUUAGAAUUCCGCAGCGGCGAUGAACUUGUGGCGGGGCGUUCGCGGGCGCUGAUCGAAUAUUGCCCGUCGCCUUUCGAGCCGAACAUCAUGUGUGACCAAAUUAUUCGGAAAAAGUGCCUGCGGUGGCUUCCAGUCCACUGCCCCGUUGCCGUUCUUUGGAGCACGUGCGUUCAAAAGUCACCCCAUAUCUUGCUGGCGGCACCGGGGCCGCCGUGACGCCCUGCUUGUCUCGUGGCUAGUGGGUUGGCGUCUGGUCCAGACCGCGAAGCGACUUGCCGGCUCUGGGGCAGGUGUGUUCAGACUCACUCGCCACUUUUUUGCGGCGACGUGGUUUUAGUGCAAAGCCCCAGCUUUGCUCGUGGUGCCAGUGCCCCCGACGACGACCCGGUUUUGGGGUCAACGCGCGGCCAAGAUCAUCUCAGGGACGGUCUGCCUGGACGCGUGGUGACACAAGCGACAUGCAUGAACCAUCAGGAAUUUUAAUUGCAUUUAUUUUACUCUCGGUAGGAUUCGGUAGCGAUGUUCUUGUGCGGGGAUCGCAGUGAACAAGACAGUUGUGUUCGCGAGAACGAUGCUAGGGUAAGCCUCGCACGCCGGCUGGCGCCUCGGCGUCAUUUGUGCGUUACGCGCGCGCGUGUGUGUGUGUAUGUGUGUGUGCGGUGUGUGAGGCCGGCGGCGUCGGCGGGGGCUCCUGGACGGACGCGGCCUGCCGUCGUCGGCGGGCGCGUCGGGUCGCCACCGACUCGGGCGCGCCUCGUCUCAGGAGUGCCGUCGGCCGCCGCCGACUGCCGGCGGCCGCCAACCGUCUCAGGGAACGGCACGUGUCCGAUCGGGUCUAACGCCUCAGGGAAGUCGGCCACUGCCGACUCGUUAUCUCUCAGGGAUGUAGGCGAUUGCGUCGCGCCGUGCUCGACUUGAAGAGGUCUCGGAUGUAAUUACUGUCGCGGAAUCGGCCCGUCGCUGCCGUCCGCCCCCCAGAAGGGCGCUGUUGUUGCCAGGGGCUAGUUUCAAGAAGCGAAAACGACUUAACGAAAACAAAUGUGAUCUGCCAACUUCAAAAUUCUGCCGUGGAACCGUGCAGGCUGGAUGGAGGUCACCUUUACUUAGGUUGGCUCGUUCUUCGUGAAUUGGAGGUGCCACUGAAACUGGGUGGGGUGGUUCAUGUGCGCCCGUAUGAAGUGGCCUGAAAUUCGUUGUUUGGUGCUUUUUGGUGGUUUCGUUCUUUGAGACUAGUCCCGGGCCUCGAUGAACCCGCUCUCUGACACCGGAGGUCCCUUGACCUGGGCAGCAGCGCACUCCCAGUACAAAGACCUACUUGCCUGGCUGGCAGGUACAAUGAGCGGCCUUCGGAUGGCGUAGCGUAGCAACACAACUCAGGAAACGCUUGGUGCGGACGCGGCGCGCGGGCAAACGAAGGCCGCUUACGUUGAGUGGUGGCCGACUCCACGCCUCCAUCGCGUGCUGUUGUUUUAUUAGUACUGGUACUUGGGUGCAAACACGAUUGACGCGUUGGUAAUUUUACGUCGGUUACUGUUGGACGAGUAAUAGUAUACCUGUGCCGUUGAAGCGUGCGCGAGUGGCCUAGUUAGUGGGGCAACUGGCGCCAGUGCCUGCGGGUCGGGUCCGGUCGGGCGUGACCAGGCCGGCGGCCGCCUGGCGCCCUCAGCGCGCCGCGCUGUUUUGUAGCAGAUAGCUCGGCAGCCGACCGGCCGCCGUGUCUAGUGUGUAUACUCGCCGACUGUCCAAAUCAAAAGGUGCCUGCCUGCCAUGAUCGCGUUGUGAGGGGGAGGGGGGCGGGCCGCCCGCCUCGGCCGCCUUGCAAGCUUCAACGACGCGCCGCGCGCAGUCUCGCGCGUUUGUAUUUUGUGUACGUGCCGUCGCCGGGAGGGCGCGGGCUGGGCGUGUCCCGGUCCCGCGUCGACGCCGCCGCACCCGCGCCCUCCCCGCCCGUCUGUAUAUGAGCCCUAGGUUGUGCUGUUCGUUUCCGGCGUGUCACUCGGACACGGCCGCUGUGGCGUGGCUCGGGGACUGUUGCUGGGGCUCCGGUCGUCGCGGCGGGCCGCGGUCUUGCUUGUUCUCCGAUGCGUUCGGUCCCGCGCAAAAAGUGUGGUAAAAAAUGGCGCCAGCGCGCCGCCGUGGAAGGCGCCGCCUCUUUCAGCACCAUCUGGAAUCGCCUAACAGAAACGACUUGUUGAAACUGUCUUAGUCUUCCAUUAGAAAGGUGAUGGGAUGAGGUGUUGAGCGAGGAAUCAUGUAACAUAGAGAUACAGAAUAAAAGUCCAAUCCCUGC